AUGGUGAGUAAGCAAAGAGAAGCUAUAGAAAAGUGGGCAGGGCAGAGAAUAUGCCCAAAGAUCAAGAAGAAAUUGGACAAGAACACUGAAUUUGCUGCUAACUGCCAUGUAUCUGAAGCUAGCCAACAGAUGUUCAGAGUUCAGUCAAGUAACAAUAGCUACACAGUUGAUCUUGGUUUGUACACAUGUGAUUGCAGGAGAUGGCAGUUGUCUGGAGUACCAUGUGGGCAUUCUAUAGCUUGUUGCAGGGAGGAGAGGAUUGACCCAGAGACAUUGGUACAUGAGUGCUACACUGUCAGGACAUAUCUGAAAGCAUAUGGAUACACUCUUGUCCCUCUAGCAGACCCAAAUGUGUGGGAGGUACAGAAUGCUUAUAAGGUGUAUCCACCUGUGUUUACAAAACAGUUGGGAAGACCCAAGAAAAACAGGAAGAAGACUCCUGAGGAGAAGAUGAAGAAUGGUGUAAGGGUUUUGAACAAGAAAGGUGUUACAAUGCACUGCUCAACUUGUGGUAGAGCUGAUCACAACAGGAAGGGGCACGAGAAGGGGCUUAAUUUGCCACUUUUUGAUGGCAAAUAUUGGCAUUAA